AUGUCUGUACACUCAGCGCACGUGGUGCAGUCUGUUAAGCUCUUUGCUGGGAAUGGGAUUGCUAAUACCAAUAAAGACUUGGUUUUCGCUGAUUUUGUUGGGUUUUCUAGUGGAAAGAAAACGAAAAUAAACUCGCCAAGUACUCGCAGGAGAGUUGGUGGUGUAAAUAAUAGUAAUGUGCAAAGGCGUUUUCUUGGUUUGAAGAAAAACUGGGCCUCCAUUAAGUCCGUUCUUGACGUUGAACGUGUUAACAAUGGUUCACUUCACCGGUCUUCUGAUUUGAAACCCAAGGUUGCAAACUUGGAAGAUAUAUUAUCUGAAAGAGGGGCAUGUGGAGUUGGAUUUAUUGCCAACUUGGAAAAUAAAGGAUCGCAUGAGAUAGUUAAAGAUGCCCUUACCGCUCUUGGAUGCAUGGAACAUCGUGGAGGUUGUGGAGCUGAUAAUGAUUCUGGUGAUGGUUCUGGAGUCAUGACUUCAAUUCCAUGGGAGCUUUUCAAUAACUGGGCUAACGAACAAGGGAUUGGUGCCUUGGACCAGGCUCAUACUGGUGUUGGAAUGAUCUUUCUUCCGAAGGAUGAUGACCUUAUGAAACAAGCCCAAACAGUUAUUAUGAAUAUAUUUAAACAAGAGGGUCUUGAAGUUCUUGGGUGGAGAUCUGUACCCGUAGAUACUUCUAUAGUUGGUUAUUAUGCAAGAGAAACUAUGCCGAACAUACAACAAGUCUUUGUACAAAUUGCUAAAGAAGAAAAUAUCGAUGACAUUGAAAGAGAACUGUAUAUCUGUCGGAAGUUGAUUGAAAGAGCAGCCAGCUCGGAGACUUGGGGAAAUGAACUUUAUUUCUGCUCAUUAUCCAAUCAAACUGUUGUGUACAAGGGAAUGCUUCGUUCAGAGGUUCUUGGUAAAUUUUAUUUUGAUCUACAGAAUGAUCUUUAUAAAUCCCCCUUUGCUAUUUACCACCGGAGAUACAGUACGAAUACUAGUCCUAGAUGGCCACUAGCUCAACCAAUGAGGUUCCUUGGUCACAAUGGAGAGAUCAAUACUAUACAGGGGAACUUGAACUGGAUGCAAUCUCGGGAGGCUUCACUGAAAUCUCCUGUCUGGCGUGGCCGUGAAAAUGAAAUCCGCCCUUUUGGAAACCCUACAGCAUCUGAUUCUGCAAAUCUUGAUAGUGCUGCAGAAUUGUUAAUAAGAAGUGGCCGCAUUCCUGAGGAAGCCCUGAUGAUUCUUGUUCCGGAGGCAUACAAAAAUCAUCCAACAUUGGCGAUCAAAUAUCCCGAGAUAGUUGAUUUCUAUGACUACUACAAGGGUCAAAUGGAGGCUUGGGAUGGACCUGCAUUACUGUUAUUCAGUGAUGGAAAAACAGUUGGAGCUUGUCUUGACCGUAAUGGACUUCGCCCUGCUAGAUAUUGGCGAACAGUAGACAAUGUUGUCUAUGUUGCCUCUGAGGUUGGGGUCCUUCCAGUGGAUGAUUCAAAAGUCGUAAUGAAAGGGCGCUUGGGUCCUGGAAUGAUGAUAGCUGUUAAUCUACCUAGUGGUCAGGUGUAUGAGAAUGCAGAGGUUAAAAAGCAAGUAGCAUUAUCAAAUCCUUAUGGAAAGUGGGUGAGCGAAAACCUCCGAUUUUUUAAACCUGUGAACUUUCUUUCAGCAACCCUUGUGGACAAUGAAGCAAUAUUAAGACGUCAACAGGCACAUGGCUAUUCUAGUGAGGAUGUUCAAAUGGUAAUUGAAACAAUGGCUUCUCAAGGGAAGGAGCCUACUUUUUGCAUGGGGGAUGAUAUUCCUUUGGCAGUAUUGUCUAGAAAACCGCAUAUGCUAUUCGAUUAUUUCAAGCAGCGAUUUGCUCAGGUUACAAAUCCAGCUAUUGAUCCUCUUAGAGAAGGAUUGGUCAUGUCUCUGGAAGUCAACCUUGGGAAGCGAGGAAACAUACUAGAAGUUGGUCCUGAGAAUGCGUCUCAGGUGAUUUUGUCUAGCCCUGUGCUGAAUGAAGGGGACCUUGAGUCUUUAUUGAAAGAUCCAUACUUGAAAUCUCAAGUUUUGCCUACAUUCUUUGAUAUCGGGAAAGGGGUUGAUGGGUCCUUAGAGAAAACAUUGUACAAGCUGUGUGAAGCUGCCGAUGAAGCUGUUAGAAACGGUUGCCAUCUGCUUGUGCUAUCUGACAGGUCAGAUGAGCUGGAGGCAACUCGUCCUGCAAUUCCGAUACUUCUUGCUGUGGGUGCUGUUCAUCAGCAUCUAAUUCAGAAUGGACUGCGAAUGCAAGCUUCUAUUGUUGCUGAUACUGCUCAGUGCUUCAGUACUCAUCAGUUUGCGUGUUUGAUUGGAUACGGUGCCAGUGCUGCAUGCCCAUACCUAGCACUGGAGACAUGCCGUCAGUGGCGCUUAAGCACUAAAACUGUUAACCUGAUGCGGAAUGGGAAAAUGCCUUCUGUCACAAUUGAACAAGCUCAAAUGAACUUCUGCAAGGCAGUUAAAUCCGGCCUUAUGAAAAUUCUCUCCAAAAUGGGCAUCUCGUUGCUUUCAAGUUACUGUGGUGCACAGAUAUUUGAAAUUUAUGGAUUGAGCAAAGAGAUUGUUGAUAUUGCAUUCUGUGGGAGCAUGUCAAGCAUUGGUGGAUUAACCUUGGAUGAGUUGGCAAGGGAAACUUUGUCGUUUUGGGUUAAGGCUUUCUCUGAAGAUACAGCUAAAAGACUCGAAAAUUUUGGUUUCAUACAAUUUAGACCAGGAGGUGAAUAUCAUAGUAACAAUCCAGAGAUGUCAAAAUUGCUCCACAAAGCCGUUCGCCAAAAAAGUGAAAGUGCGUAUUCGAUUUAUCAGCAGCAUUUGGCUAGCCGACCUGUAAAUGUUCUCCGAGAUCUCCUUGAGUUUAAAAGUGAUCGUUCCCCGAUCCCAGUUGGAAGGGUCGAACCUGCUUCAUCAAUUGUUGAGCGGUUUUGCACUGGUGGAAUGUCACUAGGAGCAAUUUCCAGGGAAACUCAUGAAGCGAUUGCUAUUGCUAUGAAUAGAUUGGGUGGGAAAUCUAAUUCUGGAGAAGGAGGCGAGGAUCCAAUCCGCUGGAGUCCACUUACUGAUGUUGAAGAUGGGUACUCUCCAACAUUGCCACAUUUAAAAGGUCUUCAAAACGGCGAUAUGGCUACAAGUGCCAUCAAGCAGGUUGCUUCUGGGCGCUUUGGUGUCACUCCAACAUUUUUGGUUAAUGCCAAUCAACUAGAAAUCAAAAUUGCUCAAGGUGCAAAACCCGGUGAAGGCGGCCAACUGCCAGGGAAAAAAGUUAGCGCUUAUAUCGCAAGACUAAGAAAUUCAAAGCCCGGCGUCCCUCUUAUAUCUCCACCUCCACACCAUGACAUUUAUUCUAUUGAAGAUCUUGCUCAAUUAAUUUUCGACCUUCAUCAGGUCAAUCCUAAGGCUAAAGUAUCUGUAAAGCUUGUGGCAGAAGCUGGCAUUGGUACUGUGGCUUCUGGAGUUGCAAAGGGUAAUGCUGAUAUUAUACAGAUAUCAGGGCACGAUGGGGGAACUGGAGCUAGCCCUGUGAGUUCCAUCAAGCACGCAGGCGGUCCUUGGGAACUUGGGCUUACAGAAACACACCAGACACUCAUUCAAAAUGGGCUCAGAGAAAGGGUCCUUCUCAGGGUAGAUGGUGGCUUUAAAAGUGGGUUUGAUGUCUUAAUGGCUGCAACAAUGGGGGCUGAUGAGUAUGGAUUUGGUUCCAUAGCUAUGAUUGCUACUGGCUGUGUUAUGGCUCGUAUCUGCCACACAAAUAAUUGUCCUGUUGGUGUUGCUAGUCAGAGAGAAGAAUUAAGAGCUCGUUUUCCUGGUGUACCUGGUGACCUUGUCAACUACUUUUUAUAUGUUGCGGAAGAGGUAAGGGGUAUGUUGGCUCAACUGGGUUAUGAGAAACUGGAUGAUGUAAUUGGACACACCGAUUUGCUAAGACCUCGAGAUAUUUCACUGAUGAAGACUCAACAUCUUGAUCUUAGUUAUAUUCUUUCUAAUGUUGGAUUACCAAAAUGGACCAGCACCAUGAUCAGGAAUCAGGAAGUGCACAGUAAUGGUCCAGUUUUGGAUGAUAUCUUGCUUUCAGAUCAAGAGAUAUCAGAGGCAAUUAAGAAUGAAACGGUGGUCAAUAAAACUGCAAAAAUAUACAAUGUGGAUAGGGCAGUUUGUGGGCGUAUUUCAGGUGUAAUUGCAAAAAAAUAUGGAGAUACUGGUUUUGCUGGACAGCUGAAUAUAACAUUCACAGGGAGUGCUGGGCAGUCAUUUUCCUGUUUUCUGACACCUGGAAUGAAUAUCCGACUUGUUGGAGAAGCUAACGACUAUGUGGGGAAGGGUAUGGCUGGAGGUGAACUGGUUGUGGUUCCUGUUGAAAAUACUGGGUUUUGCCCUGAGGAUGCCACCAUAGUAGGGAAUACCUGCUUGUAUGGAGCCACAGGUGGUCAGGUCUUUGUUAGAGGAAAAGCCGGCGAACGCUUUGCUGUGAGAAACUCGCUCGCUGAAGCUGUGGUAGAAGGGACAGGAGAUCACUGUUGUGAGUACAUGACAGGGGGUUGUGUGGUGGUGCUCGGGAAGGUGGGACGAAAUGUGGCAGCCGGGAUGACUGGAGGUUUGGCUUACAUUCUCGAUGAGGACGAUACUCUCAUCCCCAAGGUUAACAAAGAAAUAGUGAAGAUCCAGAGAGUGGUUGCUCCCGUUGGCCAAAUGCAGCUUAAGAGCCUUAUUGAAGCUCAUGUUGAAAAAACUGGGAGCAGCAAAGGCGCCAACAUUCUUAACGAGUGGGACAAAUAUUUGCGACUUUUUUGGCAGCUCGUUCCACCUAGUGAAGAAGACACCCCGGAGGCUUGUGCUGACUAUGAGCAAACAUCAACCGGGCAGGUGACAUUGCAGUCCGCGUAG